GGUUUGUAGGGCUCGGCGAGAAUUCGGAGAGUGGCUAAGUCCGUCCUUGCCAAGUUCUGGACAUCUCGUAAUGUACACAGUCCCUCGGUAUUUUCAACCCAUUAUAUGGGGGCCAUGCCAGUUGGUCUUCAGGAGCUGGAACGGCAAGAAGGCCGCAUGGACUGGGCGAUGGCCCUGGAAAUGAGACAUAUCUUCCACGUGUGUUUUGACUUCUUGGGAAGCCAACAACUUGACUUCGCCUGUGAAAUUCCACAGGAGUUUUGCUCACCUCAUCCUUGCGAUCUUCGACGUAUAGGACAGAGACAUCGCAGCUUUUCCGCCCUACGACGUCGACAAGGGUUUUCUCUUCUACCAGCACCAGGACGCAGGGUUCUGCAUCUAUCCACUUCUACCCACGCGACCCUUGAAGUAGAUAGAAUAGAUGGAUUAGUCAGCUGGACUGAGAUAGAGUUGAUAGAAUAGAGAGCUAUUCUAUCAACGUAGAUACCAUUCACGUAGAUUGUUCA